GUUGGGUGGGAACUUGGGCAUCGUUUUCCUCCUCUCUCUUGUUCUUGCCAAAACCCUAGUACCUGAUCUCUAACCCAGAAUUAUGUGUCUUUGAGGUAGAAAUCACCCAAGAGGAGGGAAGAUUGGCAAAUCUGAUCUGGUAGGGUGUCUUUCCCUAAAGUUUCAGUUUUAAGUCACUCCAACUCAUACUUUUUCUCUCCUCCUAUUCCCUUAGUUCUGGACUUUCCCUCAGAGCUCUCUGAUGCCUCAGAUUUUCCCCUGCUUUUACUCCUCUUGCUCAGGUGCUUUCACUCCUUUUCCAGAAGGCAGGCAUCCUACCUCCAGUUGCUCCAUCCCCCUUUUGCUUCCCUCCUUCUAGCCAAACUAGUUUGAGUCAGCCACACCCCAUUCCGAGCUCCUGGGGCUUUUCAGGAGGUGGCUGGCCACCCAACCCCACCCCUGGGCUUGGCUUGGAGACCUGAGUCAGCUCCUUCUCCACCCAAGCCAAAUCAAACCUGAGGCAGGAGCCGAAACUCACAGUCCCUCAAGGCCUAUAGCCAGGUGAUGGAGGACGAGGAGAAGGCAGUGGACACCUUGGUGAGCAACAUGGAAGCUGCUCAUUCUCCAUCCCCCAUCCGCUGCUGCUGGCUCCGCCUCCGCUACCUGGCAGCUACUAGCAUUAUCUGUGGCUGCUCUUGCCUGGGAGUCGUGGCCCUUGUGUUUGCCAUCAAGGCGGAAGAGCGGCAUAAGGCAGGCCGGUCCGAGGAGGCAGUGCACUGGGGGGCCCGGGCCCGGAACUUCAUCUUGGCCAGCUUUGCCGUCUGGCUUGCUGUCCUCAUUCUGGGCCCUCUGCUUCUGUGGCUGCUCUCCUACGCCAUCGCCCAGGCUGAGUGACCCUGGGUGGCCUCUGCUGAGAGUCAGCGAGACCUCCUGGAUCCUGCAGUGCGGCAUUGCUAGGGUCUGGGGCGAGCAGUGGUCCUUCCUGGCUGGAAGGAUGGUGCCUCUCUCAAAGGGCUUUGGAAGAGCUCUUCUAGACCUUUCUAAAAGGAGGCAGCAGCUGAGACUGAUGAGGGGAGGCCAGCCUGCUCUGUUCUUUCAGUGCCCACCACCCCCUAAUUCCCCCAGCCCAUCACAUCCUAGGGGCCUCAACCCAGAGGUGGGGUUGAAAACCAGGCCUGAUUUUAUUAGAAUUUGUUUUGUAAUAAAAAGCUUUUUUAGUGGUGAAA